AUGUCUCUCAUGUCAACAGCGUCGUCUAAGCCGAGCGGCACCGACAGCGACCCUUCUCACAAUGCUGCUACUGCUGUACAUGUACUAGAUUUUGAAGGAGAGAUCUCAAAGCAAAAGUUGGAGCAUUCCAGCAUCAUCUCACCUACUGCCCACACCGAAAUGGACAAAAUUCUAGCAAAACUCUCUCCCAAGCCUCAGUCAUCCGAGACCGAACUAUCACUGGACCGGAGCCUGUUUCCAAGGCUCCCUAGCCAACAAUUUCUACUCAAGCGGCAUAAUCGUCCCAUGUUUGACGAUAAGACAGGUCAGGAAUUAGAAGAUGAUUAUGCGAAUCUUGACAGAUCUUCCGGGGGUCUACCAUCAGCAGUCACUUCUCAGACAUCAGCUAAACUGGCCGAAGCCGAGCCGUCGCAGGUAGCUCAUGUCAAUAUGGCUGAGAUGUUACGUUUAAAGCAGGAAUUGAUGGCCGCCAACUCAAAGAUAGCUAUGCAAGAGCAGGAAUUGGCGCAGACUCGAGUUAUUAAACAUACCAUAGACCAAGCGCUCGGGCCACCUUCUGAAGCCGAGUUUAAUGGACGAGAAGUUACAGAACAGACCAUUGCCCAGUUACAGAGUGCGUUCAAGGCAUCACAGACAGGAUUCGGCUCUAUCCAAGAUGGCUGGAAUACGCAGGAUGACUCCCAGUCAGACAUGUCGGAUGCACUCUCCGCGGGAGCAUACAACAGAAAUCGGGCUUUUUGGGCACCCGCAACCCAGCAAAGAUUGAACCCAACCAUAAGCCCUACCACGGAAAGAUACUACGAAGAAUCACUGCGUUUGACUUGUAAUAGUCCUUAUGGCGACGACUCGAACAGAUUUUGGGCUGGCUCGAGUGUUCACUCUGUUAUGCCGAGACACGAUGCCUCUCACUCACAUCGUGUAUUUUCAGGUCCAGCCCCUGGGACUUUCGACCUCAAUGCAAAUCUCUCCGAGGAACAAGUCAGGUACCUCCAAGCCACAGGGGUCGUCCCGCGGCGCUCAUUCACUCAAAACAGUCGUGGUGGAUCAUGCUUCCCAACUGCCUUUGCUUUAAGUCCUGAGUCAUCAUUUUCUAGGUCUCCUGUGGAUAGGUCUAAUGACGUUUAUCAUCAACAAGAUGGACUGUAUCCAGCCCAUGGAUAUCAUCAACGCACCGUCGGAAGCCCACUUUCGCCCACGGCCACGGAAUUCAAUACAUCAAGCUCAUGGCCGGCCUCAUCGGUGGGUGUAAAUGCCAGCCAGGCGUAUAUUUCACCCUUGGAACCGAUCAACUACCGGCGACUACUUGACAAAAAUGUUUCUUGCGAUUGGAAAUAUAUAGUCGAUAAGAUCGUAUGUAAUAACGACCAGCAAGCUUCGAUAUUCCUACAACAGAAGCUCAAAGUCGGGACAACCGAGCAAAAGUAUGAUAUCAUAGAGGCAAUCGUACACCAGGCUUAUCCACUCAUGGUAAACCGCUUCGGGAAUUUCCUCGUCCAACGCUGCUUCGAACAUGGAACCCCCGACCAAAUCAUCGCGAUUGCCGAUGCUAUCAAAGGAAAUACUCUGAGUCUAAGUAUGGAUCCAUUUGGAUGCCAUGUGAUACAAAAAGCCUUUGAUUGCGUCCCAGAAGAACAUAAAGCGAUUAUGGUUCAUGAGCUUUUACGAAGAAUCCCAGAAACCGUCAUUCAUAGAUACGCGUGUCAUGUCUGGCAGAAGCUUUUUGAAUUACGGUGGAGUGACGAGCCCCCGCAGAUCAUGAGCAAAGUAAAUGAAGCACUAUGCGGGAUGUGGCAUGAAGUCGCCUUAGGCGAGACCGGAAGUCUGGUAGUGCAGAACAUAUUCGAAAAUUGCGUCGAAGACGAAAAGCGCCCUGCUAUCGAGGAAGUCUUGUCGAAGAUUGACAUACUUGCUCAUGGUCAGUUUGGAAACUGGUGCAUCCAGCAUGUUUGCGAACAUGGUGCCCCACACGACAAAAGCCGCGCUGUUGAGCACAUUCUUGCUUGGUCGGUCGAUUACAGCAUGGACCAAUUCGCUUCGAAAGUCGUGGAGAAAUGCCUUAAGAUAGGUGGUUCGGAGUUCCUCGAUCGCUAUCUUGCUCGAGUAUGCACGGGCCGCAGUGAUCGUCCGAGGAUGCCGUUAAUCGAUAUUGCUGGGGACCAGUAUGGCAAUUACUUGGUACAAUGGAUAUUGAUCAAUGCCGCAACGCAUCAGCGCGAGUUGGUAGCCAGCCACAUUAGGAAGCACAUGGUGUCCUUGCGUGGCUCGAAAUUCGGUUCCCGCGUGGCCAUGCUAUGUUGUAACCCUUCCCACAUAACUCGUCCGGGACCAGGCGCCGGCCUCUCGGUCAAUCGUUUUAGCAAUUUUAGCGACGACAGGUAUCCGGUCUCCGGACAAUACGCUGGGCGCUUCAGCCGCGCAAAUCAAUGGUAUCCCAACCACCCUCCAUUCCGAUGACAACAAUGUCAAAAACAGGAUUAUCGAAGAAUUCAAUCCCUUUCUUUCAGUCAGACGACGAGAGCCACAAAUGACAUCGACGUGGUUAACAGGCACCGUACGUCCUAUAAACAGCUGCUCCGAUGGCCAAGCUUCCAAGCGGGAACGCUUUGCUCUAUGCGUGAGAAAUCGUUCAAGUGGGAUGAAUUUGAAAUCUUAUUAUUUCAUAUGCGCUUCUAGAGCACUAUGCUGUGUAUCGUGGCUCAUGAUUCAGGCCAGUUGUUUUCCCUUAUCUAUCUGGAGCAAGUCGGAGAGAAGAGGAAGCAAAAGCCACGGAAACUAGCAAGAAAAUGGGUUACCUGUGUCCCUUAUAUCUUUCGUCGCUCCAAGUAUCAGAAGAACUCUGGGUGGUGUAAAGUAUGAUUGCCUGUGAG